CCUCCCCGCGAAGGAGGCGGGCUCUGGCCUCUGGCCCUGGGGAGCGAGACGGCCCGGUCGCGAGUGUCUGGCUUCCCGGCGAGGCCCAGCCGCCCGUCCCGCCGCCCAUGAGCUCGUCGCUCCGCGAGCAGCUCCGUCGUUAGGCCGUCCCCGCCAGUCUCUCGUCCUGCCCCGGCCCCCCGGGACCGGCACCCCCCCAGCCCCGUCUGCCCGGGCCCCGCACGUCGUGUCGAAGCGCCUUCCCCGGUCCGCGUCGCGCUGCGACCCUGGAAGCGGGCGCCGCCGCCAACGAGAGGAGGAGCCCCGGCCGCGGGCCCCAACAGCCACCGAGCCAGCAGGCGGCAUCGAGGCCGGCAACAUGGCGAGCGCUUCGUACCACAUUUCCAACCUGCUGGAAAAAAUGACAUCCAGCGACAAGGACUUUAGGUUUAUGGCUACGAAUGAUUUGAUGACAGAGCUGCAGAAGGAUUCCAUCAAGCUGGACGACGACAGCGAGAGGAAGGUGGUGAAGAUGAUCUUGAAGCUGCUGGAAGAUAAGAAUGGGGAAGUGCAGAACCUGGCUGUCAAGUGUCUUGGCCCUUUAGUGAGUAAAGUCAAAGAAUACCAAGUAGAGACAAUUGUAGACACCCUCUGCACAAACAUGCUUUCUGAUAAGGAGCAGCUUCGGGAUAUUUCCAGUAUUGGCCUUAAAACAGUAAUUGGGGAACUUCCUCCAGCUUCCAGUGGCUCUGCACUAGCUGCUAAUGUAUGUAAGAAGAUUACCGGUCGCCUCACCAGCGCAAUAGCAAAGCAGGAAGAUGUCUCUGUCCAGCUGGAGGCCUUGGAUAUUAUGGCAGAUAUGCUGAGCAGGCAAGGAGGACUUCUUGUAAAUUUCCAUCCUUCAAUUCUGAGCUGUCUGCUCCCCCAGCUGACGAGUCCUAGACUUGCAGUGCGGAAAAGAACCAUCAUUGCUCUUGGCCAUCUAGUAAUGAGCUGUGGGAAUAUAGUCUUUGUAGAUCUUAUUGAACAUCUGUUGUCAGAGUUGUCCAAAAAUGACUCCAUGUCAACAACAAGGACCUACAUCCAAUGUAUUGCUGCUAUUAGUAGGCAGGCUGGCCAUAGAAUAGGUGAAUACCUUGAGAAGAUAAUUCCUUUGGUGGUAAAAUUUUGUAAUGUAGAUGAUGAUGAAUUAAGAGAAUACUGCAUUCAAGCUUUUGAAUCAUUUGUGAGAAGAUGUCCUAAGGAAGUUUAUCCUCAUGUUUCUACCAUUAUAAACAUUUGUCUAAAAUAUCUUACCUAUGAUCCAAAUUACAAUUAUGAUGAUGAAGAUGAAGAUGACAAUGCUAUGGAUGCUGAUGGUGGAGAUGAUGAUGAUCAAGGGAGUGACGAUGAAUACAGUGACGAUGACGACAUGAGCUGGAAAGUGAGACGCGCAGCUGCUAAGUGCCUAGAUGCCGUGGUUAGCACACGGCAUGAAAUGCUUCCAGAAUUCUACAAGACCGUCUCUCCUGCGCUGAUAUCCAGAUUUAAAGAGCGUGAAGAGAAUGUAAAGGCAGAUGUUUUUCAUGCGUACCUUUCUCUUUUGAAGCAAACUCGUCCUGUGCAGAGUUGGCUGUGUGACCCUGAUGCAAUGGAACAGGGAGAAACCCCCUUAACAAUGCUUCAGAGUCAGGUUCCCAACAUCGUUAAGGCUCUGCACAAACAGAUGAAAGAAAAAAGUGUAAAGACCCGACAGUGUUGUUUUAACAUGUUAACUGAACUGGUAAAUGUAUUACCUGGGGCACUAACACAACACAUUCCUGUACUUGUACCAGGAAUUAUUUUCUCACUGAAUGAUAAGUCCAGCUCAUCGAAUUUGAAGAUUGAUGCCUUGUCGUGCCUGUACGUGAUCCUCUGUAACCACUCUCCUCAAGUCUUCCACCCUCACGUUCAGGCAUUGGUCCCUCCAGUGGUGGCUUGUGUUGGAGACCCAUUUUACAAGAUCACGUCAGAAGCUCUUCUCGUCACUCAGCAGCUGGUCAAAGUCAUCCGGCCUCUAGAGCAGCCUUCCUCCUUCGAUGCAACUCCUUACAUCAAAGAUCUGUUUACCUGUACAAUUAAGAGGUUAAAAGCAGCUGAUAUUGAUCAGGAAGUCAAGGAAAGGGCUAUUUCCUGUAUGGGACAAAUUAUUUGCAACCUUGGAGACAAUUUGGGUCCUGACUUAUCAAAUACACUUCAGAUAUUCUUGGAGAGACUCAAGAAUGAAAUUACCCGGUUAACUACAGUGAAAGCUUUGACACUGAUUGCUGGGUCACCGUUGAAGAUAGAUUUGAGACCUGUCCUGGGAGAAGGAGUGCCUAUCCUUGCUUCAUUUCUCAGGAAAAAUCAGAGAGCUUUGAAACUGGGUACCCUUUCUGCCCUAGAUAUUCUAAUUAAAAACUAUAGCGACAGCUUGACUGCUGCCAUGAUUGACGCGGUCCUGGAUGAGCUCCCUCCUCUCAUCAGCGAGAGUGAUAUGCAUGUUUCACAGAUGGCGAUCAGCUUUCUUACUACCCUGGCAAAAGUCUACCCCUCCUCCCUUUCAAAGAUAAGUGGCUCCAUUCUCAAUGAACUGAUUGGUCUUGUGAGAUCACCUCUCCUGCAGGGAGGAGCUCUCAGUGCCAUGCUGGACUUUUUCCAAGCUCUGGUUGUCACUGGAACAAACAACCUGGGCUACAUGGAUUUGUUGCGCAUGCUGACUGGUCCAGUUUACUCUCAGAGCACAGCUCUCACUCAUAAGCAGUCUUAUUAUUCCAUUGCCAAAUGUGUAGCUGCCCUUACCAGAGCAUGCCCUAAGGAGGGACCUGCUGUAGUAGGUCAGUUUAUUCAAGAUGUCAAGAACUCAAGGUCUACAGACUCCAUUCGUCUCUUAGCACUCCUUUCUCUUGGAGAAGUUGGACAUCAUAUUGACUUAAGUGGGCAGUUGGAAUUAAAAUCUGUAAUAUUAGAGGCUUUUUCAUCUCCUAGUGAAGAAGUUAAAUCAGCUGCGUCAUACGCACUAGGCAGCAUUAGUGUAGGCAACCUUCCUGAGUAUCUGCCCUUUGUACUACAGGAAAUAACCAGUCAGCCCAAAAGGCAGUAUCUUCUGCUUCAUUCCUUGAAGGAGAUCAUCAGCUCUGCAUCGGUGGCAGGCCUUAAGCCAUAUGUUGAGAACAUCUGGGCCUUGCUGCUAAAGCACUGUGAAUGUGCAGAGGAAGGCACCAGAAACGUUGUCGCUGAAUGUCUAGGGAAGCUCACUCUUAUAGAUCCUGAAACGCUCCUCCCGCGGCUGAAAGGGUAUUUGAUAUCAGGGUCAUCAUAUGCUCGGAGCUCAGUGGUUACGGCUGUGAAGUUUACUAUUUCUGAUCAUCCUCAGCCUAUUGAUCCACUAUUGAAGAACUGUAUAGGUGAUUUUCUAAAAACUUUGGAAGACCCAGAUUUGAAUGUAAGAAGAGUGGCCUUGGUCACAUUCAAUUCUGCAGCCCACAACAAACCGUCGCUGAUAAGGGACCUUCUGGACUCUGUCCUUCCUCAUCUUUACAAUGAGACAAAAGUUAGAAAGGAACUCAUAAGAGAGGUAGAAAUGGGUCCAUUUAAACACACGGUUGAUGAUGGUCUGGACAUCAGAAAAGCGGCUUUUGAGUGUAUGUAUACACUUCUGGACAGCUGUCUUGAUAGACUGGAUAUCUUUGAAUUUCUAAAUCAUGUUGAAGAUGGUUUGAAGGACCAUUAUGAUAUUAAGAUGCUAACAUUUCUAAUGUUGGUGCGGCUCUCUACCCUUUGUCCGAGUGCGGUACUACAAAGGCUGGACCGACUGGUCGAGCCCCUGCGUGCUACGUGCACAACUAAGGUAAAGGCAAACUCUGUCAAGCAGGAGUUUGAAAAGCAAGAUGAGUUAAAACGAUCCGCUAUGAGGGCAGUGGCAGCGUUGCUAACCAUUCCAGAGGCAGAGAAGAGCCCGCUCAUGAGUGAAUUCCAGUCACAGAUCAGCUCUAACCCUGAGCUGGCAGCCAUCUUUGAAAGUAUCCAAAAAGAUUCUUCAUCCUCUAAUUUGGAAUCAAUGGACACCAGUUAGAUGUGUGUUACACGUGGGGACCAUUCCAUUUGACCGCACAGUGCACUGAGCUGACAAGUUGACCAUUGACACGGAAGAGAAGUGUCCAGAAGCUUCGGGAUGUUCCAUUUGUUUUCCUCCAUGGAGAGUUUGUUCAGCUUUCUUCCAUUUUUGUUUUUAUAGCAUUUACUUCAGAAAUCUGUAUUUCCAUAAUCCAGAGGUUAUAAAACCACUAAUGUUUUUAGUGGUUAGAGCAACAUUUGAAAUGGGAACUAAAGUUAGGAUUUAUGAAAUGUGGAGAUAGGGUCCAGUAUCUCUUUGCCAUGUAAUGUGUAGGAUUAAAAUGUUAAAAUUUUGUGACCAUGGAUUUCUUGUUUUAUAAAUUCUCAUUUAAAAUCAGUUCUGCAACACAAAAACCAUGUUUGUUUUCUUAUAUAUCCUCUUUCAGCAGCGUAAGUUGAUUUUUAACUGGCAGAUAAGAAUGUCCAUUUAAGAUGUUAUAUUUCAGAGAUUGGCAUCUUAGCAAAGAUAAAGUAUCACUCUUAAGUAUAAGGCUUAACAAUAUCCCCUUGUGCACACUGAUCUUGCAUGAACAGGUUUACAAAUACGUAUUAUCUGUAACACAGCAUGUACAGAUUAUUCACAGUGCCAGUUCAAAUAAGCAUCAAAUGCAGUGUUCAGACACGUUUGCACAGAAACCGUCACCUGCUGAGAGGGGAGUUAAUGUUGAAAAUGGCUUUUUAACCGCCAGUGUGAACUUACAGAUGUGUUCCGCAAAUCAAGUCACGGCAUUUGCAACCCUAUCCUUUUUGAAAUUAUCUUACACAUUUAAGUACUUAGAUUUUCUUAGUUCCAUGUUGGUGUGUGUGUUUUGUUUCUACCGAGCAGUUCUCAAAGCCAGACUGUUGCUCCGUUUGGGUUCUGCCUUUGUUACUGGAGGAUAUAAACCUCACCUGCGCUUUCAGGUUUCGUUUGUAGGGAAUUCUGAGCUGCCCAUUAGUCAUUCUGUUAGCUGGAGCUUUCUCGUAGUGGAGUUACAGCCCCCUCCCUAGCCUGUGUCUUGUCCUAAGCGCCGUAUUGUCUUUGCUAAGUGCUGGCUGUUGGCUGGGGGAGUACAGCUUUUGCAGUUUUUCUGUUGUAGUUGCGGUCUUACCUAACAUUCCUCUAUAGCCUCCUCCUCCAGGUCGUGGUGCUCUUGUUGACAGUGAGAGCUAUUCUGAAAUAAAGACAUCUCUUCAUGCCGUGCAGAUGAUGUUUACAUGCCUUGAAGGGGGGCAGUUUCUAGAUGGGGCAGUCAGUGUCAAUCAGCCUGAAAGCUGCACCGUGAGCUGUAAAGCUGUGAAUUAAAACACGUUUCCAGUUGUUGGACCCAUGUACUGUAACAGGUGAAUAAGAGAACAACUUGGCACUCUGAAUGCCAGCUGCUGCAGAAGGCAUUGGUACGAUUUCCAUUAUACAUUGGUUUGGAACAUUAUAUGAAGUUGGUGCCCUGUCAAAAUAGAGUAGGUAACAAUUUUAUGUCGUAACUUGCAUAAAACUCAUUUAGUAGAUUACACUGUGCAUUACUGUGGUAUAGAUGAGGAUGUAGUUAAGAUUUGGGUUAUUGCUUUCAUCAGGCUCUAGGUCUGGACAUUUUGACGGUCAUGUGUUCUGUGACUGUCUUAAUUACCUGAAGUUAAGCCCAUAUACUUUCAUUGGUUUUUUCCCCCUUGGUUAGUCUUGAAUUUAAGGUACAUGUUAUGUUUUUGUUUGUCUGUUUUGAGUCUUGCAAGUCAACUCAUUUUCCUACGUUGAUAAAUUCUUUUCU